CAGCUCGAUACAUCCGCGAACCUUGCAAUAACAGCAUACUAUCGGCAUUUCUCAAGAUUGCGUUGGAUAGGUGCGGAAACAUGUACAGCCAAGACCAACCAUUCGGCAGCCCCCGAACGGAGACCGGUCCAAAUUGGGAACCACCUUAUAGUAGUCAAGGUAGUUUUGUUCUGCCAUGGUCUUGUAAAGAGCUCUCGUAAGAUCAUCUCGGUUCCAUGCUUGGUGAGCUUCGAACCUGUUGCUCGAUCCGAUACGCUUGCAACGGACAACAUGAUGCUCACGCGCUUCGCCACCGCUCUCCUUGGCCUCACCGUGGCCGAUGCCGCCCUCACCUACAAAGGUGUGGACUGGUCCUCGGUCGUGGUCGAGGAACGGGCUGGUGUCUCGUACAAGAACGUCGACGGCAACGCGCAGCCGCUGGAGAAGAUCUUCGCAGAUAACGGCGUGAACACGGUGCGCCAGCGAGUAUGGGUCAACCCGAGGGACGGCAACUACAACCUCGACUACAAUAUCGCGCUUGCGAAGAGGGCAAAGGCUGCUGGGUUGGGCGUGUACAUCGACUUUCACUACAGCGAUACCUGGGCGGAUCCCGCCCACCAAACCACCCCCUCGGGAUGGCCGACCGACAUUGACAACCUCUCUUGGAAGUUGUACAACUACACAGUGGAUGCCGCGAACCAAUUCCAGGCCGCUGGCGUGCAGCCGUCCAUCAUGUCCAUUGGAAACGAGAUUACGCCUGGCCUUCUGUGGCCCACGGGCAAAACCAACAACUGGGGCAACAUCGCUCGGUUGUUGCACUCGGCAGCCUGGGGUAUCAAGGAUUCGGCACUCGACCCAAAGCCGAAGAUCAUGGUUCAUCUCGACAACGGAUGGAACUGGGAGACCCAGAAGUGGUGGUACACGAAUGCCUUGCAGCAGGGAACAUUCGAGCUGUCCGACUUCGACAUGAUGGGCGUCUCGUUCUACCCGUUCUACUCGGAGUCGGCGAGCCUGAGCGCGCUGAAAACGAGCUUGGCCAACAUGGCCCAGACAUGGAACAAGGAUGUGGCCGUUGUUGAGACUAACUGGCCAACAUCCUGCCCCAACCCCAAGUACAGCUUCCCCUCCGACGUGAGGAACAUCCCCUUCUCGGCAGCGGGACAGUCGACGUACGUCACUAACGUGGCCAAUGCGGUGGCUUCGGUGAGCCGCGGGGUAGGAUUGUUCUACUGGGAACCUGCAUGGAUUCACAAUGCGAACUUGGGCUCGUCGUGUGCCGACAACACCAUGUUCUCGCCGUCUGGUCAAGCCUUGUCGAGCUUGUCUGUUUUCCAGCGGAUUUAGGUGCGGGCAGUGGCCUAGGUCAGCGCAAUGGAUGAGGAGAAGACGAAUAGCCUAGAGGAGCCAAUCCUGUGAACUCGAAAAUAUAAUGCGUUCUUAUAAUGCAUUUUAUUGUAUGUCGUGUCAGUCAUUGAGAC